AUGAACUUGCUAUUACGUGACUUCGACGCGGCCAUUAUAAGAUUUUUUUCCGACAGGAUUGGAUCGAACCUCCAACUAUUUAGUAUCAUUAUCGUGAGUUGGGAGCGGAAAGGCCCGCUGUGCUUGAGGGAAGUUGGAGGAACUGCUAAACUGGUUCAAACUCCAUCAGACCAUGACCAACUGAGGGCGGCAUUUAAUUUCCCCUUAGAUAUAACCCCUUCAGCUGCCCUAUACCGUUACCGGUCGCCUCCGUCACAGCCUGCCAGUGCCGGAACUGAGGCCUGGGACUGGCUCAUAGGCUCCUCCAACGGGAUUGCCAAACCGUUCACAACUGCAUUAGCUACAGACAUCAGUCAUUGCUAUCAACUGUCAUAG